AUGCCUGCGAUCGCAAGAUUAAACCUCUCCAGGCCAUUCAUCUGUUCCGAAUGUCGCAUCGCAGCUCAACGAGCUAGACCAACGCAGUCCCGCAGCUUCGCCAGCUCUCGUCGCCUUAAAGUACCGUCAUCAAGCCAGACGAAAUACCUCCAACUGACGAACCGCACUCUCAUCCGCCUCGCUGGCCCGGAUGCCGCACAGUUUCUCCAUAACAUCAUCCCCGCCAAGAUUCUAGACACCGGGAGCACGAGACCGAUCUUCACGGCCUUUCUCUCCGCCCACGGCCGCAUUUUGAACGAUGUCUUCGUCUAUCCACCAGGAAAGGGAAACGGUGAAGAGUGGUUCUUAGAGGUAGACUCGGAGAGCGCAGGCGAGCUUCUCAAGCAUCUCCGCAAGCACAAGCUACGGUCGAAAUUCCAGCUGGCCAAGGUAAACCCGGCGGAGAAAGCAGUCUUCUUCGCAUGGCCGGGAUGCGUCGAUGAACCGCAAGUGGAUGGAAGGUUGAACGAGACAGGACGUACCGGAGGGAAAGAUCCUCGACCGGGCAUGGGCACGAGAUGGGUCGACCAGACGCAGACCACAUCGGAGUUUCUCACCCACUUGCAGCACAAUGGAUUCCAGCAAGCCACGUUGGACGAGUACACGGUCCACCGCAUGACCAACGGCUUUGCGGAGGGACAGUCGGAGAUCAUCUCGACCAGUGCGCUGCCGCAGGAGAGCAACAUUGACUUCUUUGGCGGCAUCGAUUUCUUCAAGGGCUGCUAUCUCGGCCAGGAACUCACGAUCCGGACGCACCACACCGGCGUCGUGCGGAAACGAAUUCUACCCGUCCAGCUCUACAGUGCAGGGAACAAGCCGGCGGAGUCUCAAUUGCUACCAGAAUAUGUACAGGGGGACCACUCAUUCCUUUCGCCACCUCCACAGUCCAAUAUCUCCAAAGAAAAUGCACGUGGCCGCGGCCGCAGCAGUGGGAAAUACCUCUCCGGGAUCGGGAAUAUUGGCCUGGCGCUGUGUCGGCUGGAGAUGAUGACUGACAUCCAGUUGACGGCCGACAGGACGAAUUUCGACCCGGCCGAGGAAUAUAAGGUGCAGUGGGAAGUGGAGGGUGCAGAGGGCACCGAUGGGGAGAAACAGCAGGUGAUGCUCAAGCCUUUUGUGCCCCAGUGGUUGAGAGAUGGAGUCGAGCAGAGUCUACGGAGGAAAGAGAAGAAGGCGAAGCCCAAGCUGAGGGAUGAGGAUAAAGAAGAUUAUGAAGAUCUGGAUUGA